AUGGCUCAGCACAGCUCACUGGAUGAGUCUGUUGGUAUUCUCAGCAUCUCUGCAGGUUCUCUCCUGCUGCUGGUGAACAGCUAUGCCAGCUCCCCUGAAAAAGACUUCAUCCCCCACACUGCACUGGGGAUCUUACUCCUCAUCAUUGCAGCCCUGGUAGCCUACACAGGUGUCCGUCACAGCUUGUCCCACUCUCAGCUGUUUUCCACCCUAUGUCUGACCAUCUCUGCUCUGUGGUGUGGCUCUGGUCUGGUCUACAUCCUGAUAGGACAGAGUGUCCUGUCACUCUCACAGCUAAGAGCCUCUCUGAUCCCUGGCCUGGCAGCAUUUACCUUAGCCCUGUUCAUUAUAGGCACUGUUGCCCUUUUUGUGAAGAAACCUGUUCUGUUGGUCAUAGCUGUCAGCAUUUCCUUGGCCUCUGCCCACCAGAUCGCUGGGCUUUCAGAUUCAAGGUUUGGUCAGUCUGCCACAGCUGCAAACUACCUCCUUGUUUGUCUUGUGUGUGCAUACUUUGGCUUUGGACGUCUGCUGUACACCAUCACACAGGGUAAAGUGAGACCUCCAGGUACAGUCAUGAAACAGAAAUCUGAGCUGAAAAAAGAACAGAACCAGAACUGUAGUGAUGCAGUCAGUGUAGGUUUGGUGAUGAACUUGUUAUCUGCCUCUAUUUUAGCCUGUCCUCUGUUAGGCGUGGUCCCCCAGCUCUUUGUUGGCCAUGUUCCCUGGCUUUGGACAGCUGGAGUCUUCCAGCUUGGCAUGUGUGUCCUCUUUUACCGAGCAAUGGACACGCUUGCUGCGACGUUCUAUGGCUUUUUAUCCCUACUGAAAUUUGCUGAGGGCUACAGUGCUCUGUUAUCAUUCUACAUGAUUCAGCCAUUCUCCCCAGUUCCUUUCCCCGUUGUCUUUGCAGUUCUUUUCUCUGUUCUGGCACUGUUCAGCUGUCAGAAGAGCUUAUUGGAGGGCCUUUACCAGUUAUUCUUUGUAGCCUAUUGUAUUUCCAUCGCAGCCCAGCCUCAAGGCUUCUUCCAAGGAGGUACUCAGGGGGUGCAGGGAGCGAUCUUUGUAGCUACUGCUGGAGUGCUUUUUAUUACCACCUUCAACAUGGUCUCCAGUACGAGGAUCCCUACCGGACAGGGUCUCUUUAAGGCUUUGACAACCAGGAUUCGCAGUCUUACUCUCAGGGCUCUUGAUAAAGAGCGACAUACACCUCAUCUCGGCUACUCCAAGUAUGCAGAUGCAGAGAUGUUGGGCCAUGCAUGCAAUGUUCUGGCUGCUUUUGCCAUCACAGCCACAGUUGGGGACAGGAACCCUCUGUCUGUGCUGAUUCUGCCCUGGGCAGUAAUGGCUGGUGGGGUGCUGCAGCUCCUGUGUGGCUCAGUAGCGUUUGCUCGGGGUAAAACCUUCGAGAGCACAGCUUUUAUUCUCUAUGGGGUGAUGUGGACAGUGUGGGGGUUGACGCGAUUUGGUGGUCUUUAUGGUGAGACCAGAGGUUUUAACGUUGCUGUUGGGAUCAUUAGUUUCAUGCUGUUUAACGUUCUGGUGACAAUUGCAGCACUGUUUCUGAAUGUUGCCUGGUUUGUCUAUGCAUUCACCUUCCAGCUCAUCCUUAUUAGCUUCCUGCUGGAUGCAGUAGGUGCACUGCCUUAUGGUUAUGAUAUUGGCGUCACAAUCAUCUUUGGUCUUGUCAGUUUUUACUGUUUCUUGGCGCACAUUUUCAACGGCACCUUCCAGUCUCCCCAAAUCCCCUUAGGAAGACCUUUAGUCAAGCUGGGUGGCGUCGGAGGCGGGGAAGGGGUCUGUCCACAUGUACCAGCUCGCAAAGCAACAUCAGUCCAACAGAUUGCAGAAAUCAUGAAAAAUGGAGGCAUAUGUGGAAUGCCAACUGACACUGUCUACGUGUUGGUAGCUGCCUGCAACAGGCCAGAUGCAGUUAUCAAAGCUUUCAAGGUUAAGAAACAGGCUCAGGACAGACCCAUGUCCAUGUGGAUCUCUUCUGUCAAGCAGCUGGAACCUGUCAGACACCUGCUGAGCCCUCUGCUCCUGGACUUCAUGGAGGCUGCAUGGCCUUCAUCAAUCAGCAUGGUCAUCCCAAGAGGCCCAUGGUUGGAUAUAUUUGGCCUGGGAGAUGCUGCCAUACACAUUGGGACUCCACAAAGUAUCGCCAUUAGAAGCCCAGACUGUGCAGUUGCCACACAUCUUAUUAAUCAGGUGGGUCCAAUUGCUGUAACCUCAGCCAACCCCACAGGUGAGGCGGACACAACUCACCAUAACCAAGUUUAUGCUAAACUGGGAAAGAAGGUGGAAGGGGUGUUAUGUGAUGGACCGUCCCCAGAGAAUAUUGCAUCUACUGUGGUUGACUGCACCAAGAUUGAAACUGGACAAAUUGGUUUCUUCAGAGUGGGCCUCAUUCCAAAAUCCAAGGUCUUCCAGAUAUUUGAGGAGGUUAAGAACCGGCACAGAGUAGGACAAGCCAAUCCUGGUUUUGAACAUGAUCAGGCUCCUCCAGACACCCAACUUGAAGGUUCUGGAGGGGAUGAAACAUCAGAUUCAGGAAGAGAAACUGAAGUCUCAACACCCUCAACUACACAUGAACAGGACACAGACCUCAAUAAUGACCAAUAGCACUUACAUUAGGAGCUUUACUUUGUUUAUUUAAUUACUUGUUCAUUUGUAAUAUGUAAAUAGAGAUGUGAUAUUGAGAUAUAUGUGAUAAACAUGAUAACUGGAUGUAUUAUUGAGUUAUUGUCGAAUUAAAUUUACACCUUGUUUUAUCAAAGAGCAACAUCUCAUGUGCAUCAUAAAGUGUAAUGAAAAAAGCUUUGAAUGGUAAUGUUUAUAUUUUAACUGUUGUGUAAUGUGUUUAUAUUCACCCUCCUGGUGAAUAGGAAAAGCAGUAUUCUAAAAGGCAUAUGUGCACUGUGUGUGUUUAAAGAGUAUCACUGUGGACAUCGCUUUGACAUAAAUACAAUCAGACCUGUAGGUCAGUUGCAUUAAAAUAUUUCAGAAAGUCAUGCUUCCAGUUUUGUAACAGCAAAUGCUGUAAAAGAUAAACAAGUUGUUAUACCUUUAUAAAUAGAACAAUGUAAUAAAGAUGCUUUUAA